UUUCUGCAACGUGAUGGAGUUGUCUCUUUUGCUGAUAGUUCCAAACUUCUCUCUGAUACAUAUUUCCACUGACGCUGAGUUUUGGUGUGAUUCUAUUGGCGUAGGGAAGGUGAAAGUAAACUUGAGGGGAACAUGGUUGCUUUCAUGCAAAUACAAGGGACAACACAAAAAGAGGAACCGAUGUAAAAUGAGAAACAAGACAUUGUUCAACCAAUUGUGAGAGUUGAUUCACACCGAGACAAGAUUGGCAAAACGGACUACUGUAGUUCCCGAAAUAUAUGAUUAUUGAUAAAGAUUUCUGAACUAGAUGAGAGCGGUCGGUUUGACUCUURUUCCACUGAAAACUAUUGAACGACUUCUGAUCUCAUCGAAAACAUCGUCGGAAUCGGUAAAGAGGCAGGCGUUUGUAAGUUUUGAGAUAAAGAUACAGUAGUCUCGUUUACGUGGACGAAGAAAUUCAUCUCAGGGUAUUCCGGAAGCAGCUGAAUAGAACGCAGACAGACUAGAGAUGGGUGACUGGAAUCUCAGCAUUGGGACUUUGAGUGAAGGAGCUCAGAGCAGGUUAGCUGACAUGCUGGAUAAUGCCAAAUGUGGAUGGAGACAACUUGCCAAAGUUGUCACUGAGGAACCUCGAUUCCGCUGCAGUGAGAAUGAGAUGACCAGCUGUUCGCUCCAGGUGCUCAGCCCGACAGGCAGCCCCAGCCGCUACCUCCUAGAGAGGCUGUCUGAGCGCUCCUGCACCCUGGGCUUCCUGCUGCACUGCCUGAAGAAGAUGGAGCACCAUGAAGCUGCGCAGUACCUCACUGCUAACGUGAUGGAGCGGUUUCAGAUCACAGUGCAGCCCCAGGCCCAGCAUGCUACAGAGGGAGGCAGGGUUGUGCUGGUCUGUAAGGCUAUUGGUCCUGCUGCUAUGGGCUACCAGUGGUUCAAAGGCAAAGAAGAGGUGCUGGGUGGAAGUGGUCCAGAGCUGCUCCUUUGCCCUUUAACCCCAACCCACCAGGGACACUACAUCUGCCGGGUCAACCAUGGAGAGAACUUCGUCUUCUCCCAGUGGGCACAUGUCCGCAUUGUCAGGUCAGCUGGCUCCAGCACAGGUGUCAGUAGCAGCUUCUUCCCUCCCUCAGUGAGUGGAGUGCGUAUUGUCCGUCAGCCCCGGCCCCAGGUAGUAGCUGAGGGGGACUCCUUGUGUCUGGACUGCUUUGCUGAGGCCAACCCUCCUCCUCAGUACCAGUGGUACCACAAUAAACAACUAAUGCCAACAGGCAAGAUAAGCACCCUGAGGAUACUGUGUGUGACCACAGCAGAUCGAGGAAUGUACAGCUGCAGGGUGUUCAACCUAUACCAUGAGGUGUGGAGCGACCAGGUCCAUGUCAAAAUAGACCCUGGUUCCUCCAUUGAUGCCUCCUGGGGAGAAAUAGACGCUGCUGCCACACCUAGCCCUGCCAGGCAGAUAAGUAAAUUAUAUGCCACGGACAAAGUGGCUCUUCUGAUGGGCAACAUGAACUACCUGCACCACAGGCCUCUGCGAGCGCCCAUGGCUGACGUGCACGAGAUGACCAACCUGCUGCGUCAGCUGGACUUCAAGGUGGUUUCUCUGCUGGACCUCAACUGGCAGGAGAUGCACAGCGCUGUAACUGAGUUCCUACUGCUGCUCGACCGCGGCGUCUAUGGGCUUCUGUACUUUGCGGGUCAUGGUUAUGAGAACUAUGGGAACAGUUUCAUGGUGCCCAUUGAUGCCCCGGCUUCUUAUACCUCAGAGAACUGCCUGUGGGUGCAGGAUGUGCUACAGCGGAUGCAGGAGCGAGAGACGAGCCUCAAUGUAUUUCUAUUGGACAUGUGUCGCAAAAGAAACUUGAACGACGGCGUCCCUCCACAGCCAGGGCAACUGAAAGUGACCGCAAACAUAGUGUUUGGUUAUGCCACGUGUGUGGAUGCAGAGGCCUUUGAGGUGAAUAAAGACGACCUGUCCAAUGGAAUCUUCAUCAAUUUCCUCAAACAGAGAGUCAUGGACGACGAGAAGGUCACUGUCAUGCUGGACAGGGUGGCCGAAGACAUGGGUCGGUGUGAGAUCACACGAGGGCGGCAGGCUCUAGAGUUACGCAGUAAUCUUUCUGAGCGACGUGCACUCACUGACCGCAUCCAGAGCUCCGGCUGCCCAGAGACUACCUCGGCACGCAACCUGCAGUGGGCCAUAGCACAUGUUCUUCCAAAGAGCCGUAACCUGCAGUUUGACUGUGGCGUGACGGUGCAGCUGGGCUUCGCAGCAGAAUUCUCCAACGUCAUGAUCAUCUACACCCGAAUAUUGGAGAACCCCAAGGAAAUUGCGUCCUGCUCGGCCCAUCUCACAGACUUCACUGAGGAUUUGGAUAUGGAUCUGAAGAUGAGUAAUCAGGAGAACCUCCUAGAUGCAGGGAGUUUACUGCCAAUGGAGAUUCUCCUGCCUGCAGAGCUUCCAGGCCUCUACACCCGCCUGAAGGGACUGCAGAGACUUAAGAAGGAGUUGACAUUCACUGUGUGCCUUCAGUAUAAGUAUACAAACUUGGAUGAGGAGGUCCAUGAGAGGCAAACUGUCACUGUGGGCAAACCACUGGUAUCCAAACUCAAUCUCCACGAACCUCGGCUUCCCCGCUCCUACUCGGCCUCCUCCUCAUUCGACCUUCACUCCUUCAGCCAUUCCUCCUCCUUCCCAGAGGGCUUUGGGCCAAGCUUCCCUACCUCAGAGACUUCCUCCAUUGGCUCAGCCUCCACCACCUGGUCAUAUUACUCACAGCCAGGAGUGUCUGCCACCCCAUCUUCCCCCGGGAAGUUAAAUCUCCCUGUGGAGGAUGACAGUCCAGAGUUGUUUGAUUCUGACACCCCUCAGCCUCUCACCACAAGCAAAAGCCUGCCUCAUGGUCAAGUAGAGGACCUCACAUAUCGGUUCAGUAACAUGCACAACUUCCAUUCAUGUUAGUCAUGUCAAUUUGCAGUGUUGUAAGCCGUGCAACCCAUUGUGUUUUGUCUACAGACGUACACAUUAACUUAUAGUGCAACUUACUUAACAACAAAUUGAUCCCAUGACCUGCAUUGUUUAUAUGUUAAAGAAUAUGUAGAGAAUACUUGAUGUAAUCAAUUUUUUUUAGCUCAUGUAAUGGUUGUUUGUCUUAAUGUUAUGAAAAUAUAGUGCCUUAAAGCAUAACCAUUUGGGCAUGCUGUUAAUACAUUUCUUUCACAUGGUGGAUUUAACUUUUUUUUAAACAGACAUAAAUAACUUAUAAAAAUGUGUUUGAACAUUUUGAUUCUGGCCCCUCAAAUAUUGUACGCAAAAGACAACUCAUUUAGGCUGGGAUAUGUUUAUUAUCCUGUCAGAGCCUUUAUAUCCAGGCCUUUGCAGUGUAAGGGAUGUCAAAUGUUUGGACAUGUAAAAAGUGUCUGCAGACGGAAGGAGCCGAGAUGUGGAACGUGUGGGGGGAAAUCCGUUUGAUAGAGACUAUAUAGCAGAAGAGAAUUGCAAAGGAAUAAAGUGUUGUAACUGUG